AUGGCUUCCACCGUUCGCGUCUCGCAGACCCCCCCUUGGGUCCCCGUUCUCAAGAAGCAGAUCGAUGGCCACGAGAAGGACCAGGACUACACUGCCUAUGCCUUGGCUACACUCGACAAGGAGGGCCUGCCCAAGGUCCGCUAUGUCAUCCACCGCAUCUUGACCCCGGCAUCCAGCAUCCUCAUCACUACCACCGACACCCGUAUGGCCAAGCCUGCCCACCUCGCCGCACAUCACACCGUCGAGAUGGCGUGGUGGCUCUCAGAGCCGGCCAUUCAAUUCCGGAUCACCGGCCAGGCGUACACGAUCCCCUCAGACGAGUCUGCUUCGGACUACGACAGCAAGUUCGGCGAUGUCCUCAGCGGGCUCAAGGCGAAGGGAGAUGAGGCCGAGAAGGGGUACUGGCAGAAGGAGCGGAAGAGGUUGUGGACGGAGGCGAUGAGCGGGCACCUGCGCGCGAGCUUUGGCCGACCCCCUCCCGGAACGUCGUUGUCGGAGGUAUCGGACCCUAGCACCUGGGACGAGAGCUUGCCGGCUGAGUCUGACGACCCAGAGACGAAGAAGAAGAUCGACAACGCCUACUCUCACUUUGCUCUUCUGGCGAUUCGUCCGACAGGCUUUGAGCAGCUCGAGCUGAAGGCUACGCCCAACAUUCGCACACAAUGGACUGACAAGGGCGAGGACUGGGAGGAGCGCCAUGUCGCUCCCUAG